GUGUGGAAAUGUUAACUUUGCUAGAAGAACCAGCUGUAACAGAUGUGGGAGAGAAAAAACGACAGAAGCCAAAAUGAUGAAAGCUGGAGGGACUGAAAUAGGAAAGACACUUGCUGAAAAGAGUCGUGGCCUCUUCAGUGCUAACGACUGGCAGUGUAAAACAUGUGGUAACGUGAACUGGGCCAGAAGAUCAGAAUGUAAUAUGUGUAAUACUCCAAAGUAUGCUAAAUUGGAGGAGAGGACAG